AUGAUCAGAGUUAAUCCGGGACGUCGAUUAAACGGUUUGCGGGUGUUUUCGAGAAGCUUGAGUGCCCAAAGCAGCAGCAGUGCAACGAAAAACGACAACAUAAGAGUGACGCUAUUCUCUAAAGAAAACUGCGGGCUGUGCACCAGGGCGACGACGGUUGUCGAAAAAGUACUUACGCAAGAGCAAUUUGGUGCCGUGACGUUUAACGUCAAGGAUAUCGAUAGGCCGGAGAACAAAGAAUGGUGGACAAAAUACUGUUUGGACGUGCCCGUGGUGCACGUGGAGCGCGGCACGGACGCGGCAUCUUUAGUAAAGAUAUUCCAUAGGGUGGACGAGAAGGAGUUGGAGACUGCGAUUCAAAAGGUGGAAGGUUUGUGA